GAGGUGAAGGGGAAUGUGAAUGACCUGUGCCAGGCACCACUUUUAUUUUUUAUUGAAUUCCUUAUUUGUUAUACAUUCGUCUGUGUUAUCGUAUCGUGGCUCAGUGAUUCGUGACUGUGGAUUACUGCCACGGUAUGAAAGUGACCCUGACCGUGUGACAGAAAUCAGUUAACACCCGAACUUUCAGUUCUAUCAUCUGCACCCUGCCUUACGCGCUUUGACGAACAACAAACUACGACAAGCAUGGAACUUAAAAAAUUGUGGGACGCUAAACAAAUGAAAACUGUCAGAUUUUGGCGGGCGGUUAUCGGAGAAACUUUGGCGUUGUUUCUCUUUGCAUUCGUCGUGUGUGCCUCCACCUUACCAUGGUAUUCCACGGAGAUGAACAGCUCGAAGAUCCUCAUCAUAUCGUUCACCGUUGGUUUCGCGAUCGCAACCUUGGUGCACUGUUUCGGCGAGGUUUCAGGGGGACAUAUCAACCCCGCUGUUACCCUAUCCAUGCUUUGUACUCUUAAUAUUGGUAUUUUCAGGGCGUUCUUCUAUAUGAUCGGACAAUGUGUAGGCGCCAUCGGUGGAGCCGCGCUUUUACUAGCCAUUACGCCCGAAGAGUAUCGGGGCAAUCUAGGCGUAACGUUGGUGAACGAUUCGAUUACAGCUGCCCAAGGUUUCGGGAUGGAAUUCAUGCUCACAUUCAUACUUGUAUUCACAAUCUUCAGCACGGUGGAUCCUAAACGUCAUGUGACUGGUAGUCAACCAAUAGCAAUUGGGCUUGCAAUUAUCAUUGAUCAUCUCAUUGGAGUAUAUUGGGCUGGUCCAUUUGCCGGGGCUCUGGCUGCAGCCUGGUUGUACGUAUUCACGUUUGGACGCACUCUGGAAGAUAAGAAUGAAGAUGAUAGCAAGCGGUCUAGCGGCUAUGAAAUGAGUACCACCAACUCGUAUGUUAAUCGAGGUGCUACCGAUGACACUGAAAUUGGUACUCAAACUCCAGACGUGCUCAAUGAUGAUUCGUCGCUGACGCUCAUCAGAACCAAGGAAACCCGCGAACAAAUUGAGAGAGCUAGAAAUCCCCCUCCCAUUCUCGCAAGGAAACCGACUGGUGGCGCUAUAGCUAAAAACUCAUCUGUUACAAAAUACCAAAAUAAGAAUUACAAGAUUUACAAGAAGUUCCUGGCAUGUAGCCAAGCAAACCUCGAUGAUUUAGACAAGAUUUACAAGAAAUUCCUGGCAUGUAGCCAAGAAAACCUCGAUGAUUUAGACAAGAUUUACAAGAAAUUCCUGGCAUGUAGCCAAGAAAACCUCGAUGAUUUAGACAAGAUUUACAAGAAGUUCCUGGCAUGUAGCCAAGAAAACCUCGAUGAUUUAGACAAGAUUUACAAGAAGUUCCUGGCAUGUAGCCAAGAAAACCUCGAUGAUUUAGACAAGAUUUACAAGGAGUUCCUGAAGCAGACGCUAUCUUUCCGAAUCAUUGUACAGUUAUUGCCACCACCGUUGAAUUGUUACAUUGUAUUUGGUAACGUACCCAAAGCCUGA